ACAACUGGCGACCACUCCGCAUCGGUGGCUUUCAAAUCCUUGCAUUUGCCACGUGAUUGCGAGCCUCGCUCGACCCUACCGCCAGCUGUUUCGCCGAACCCAAAACCCUCUGGAUUUUUCUUCUCUUUUUUUUUUCAAUAUUAUAUUCAUCUCUCUCUCUCGCCCACACUCAACACUGGUCACUGAACACUCCCCACAAAAUCCUAUCUUCUUCAGCUCUUCAUUACCAUUGCAGUAACCUAAAUCAUUAAGACGAUCUACGCCUUUCUAUUUUUCCUCGUGCUAUUAUGUAACUUUAUCUGCUAUAUUAAUCAAGAUUUUCUUACAAACUGGCCUUGGAUUCGGGGUAUGAUCGGAGCUUUUGUGAUUUGAUGGCGUCGCUGGAGUGACUGAGAGAUUGUUCUAUGUAUCGCAAUCUCUUCAUCACUAUCAUUUCGUCGUCGGCCAUGGAAAACCGGAGUGAUUCUGAAACAAGUCCAUUUUUUAGUUUGUCUGCAGCCUUGUCAUAUGGGGUUGCUUCGAUGGCGAUGGUUUUUAUCAAUAAGGCCAUACUUAUGCAGUAUGCACACUCAAUGACCCUCCUCACUUUGCAGCAAUUGGCAACCACCUUGCUUAUACACUUUGGUCGAAGAAUGGGAUACACAAAAGCCAAAUCAGUAGAUAUAUUGACAGCUAGGAAGCUUCUCCCAAUUUCACUAUUUUACAAUGCUAAUGUGGCAUUUGCAUUGGCGAGUUUAAAAGGAGUUAAUAUUCCGAUGUAUAUUGCGAUAAAAAGACUCACACCACUUGCUGUACUGAUCGCUGGAUUCUUUUCAGGAAAAGGGAGACCUACGACUCAGGUGACUCUUUCUGUUAUAUUGACAGCUACUGGAGUUAUCAUCGCUGCUCUAGGAGAUUUUUCCUUUGACCUUUUUGGAUACAGCAUGGCCCUUACUUCUGUUUUUUUUCAGACCAUGUACUUAGUCUUGGUAGAGAAGUCUGGUGCAGAGGAUGGGCUUUCUUCUGUUGAAAUCAUGUUUUACAACAGCAUUUUGUCCCUUCCAUUUUUGCUGUUUCUCAUCAUAGCUACAGGAGAGUUUCCAAAUUCUUUUUCACUAUUAUUUGCAAAGAGUAAUUCUUUAUACUUUUUGGCGAUCCUGAUUCUUUCAUUGGUAAUGGGCAUUGCCCUCAACUUCACCAUGUUCUUAUGUACCAUAGUCAACUCUGCUUUAACAACAACAAUAGUUGGUGUUCUUAAAGGGGCUGGCUCCACGACCCUUGGUUUUGUGUUGUUGGGUGGUGUUCAAGUUCAUGCUUUGAAUGUAACUGGAUUGGUUAUCAACACAGCCGGUGGUGUGUGGUACUCAUAUGCCAAGUAUCAACAAAAGAAAAACAAGACACUGAAUGUAGUAUCGGAUGUUGAAGCAGCUCAACGUAAAUAAAAGGCACGUGGACGUAUAGGAGGUGCAACAGCUACUUGAACUUUCAAUCAAUUAUCCAUAAAUUGUAUCAUUAAUCAACAAAGUGAUAAUCAGAUGACCUAAUGUUUACCAGCCUAAUGUUCGUACAUGGAGCAGCAGUGCCAAAUAUGAAGAAGGGUUUAUUAUCUUGGCUAUUUGUUGUUCGGUCAUAAUAUGAUCAAAAAGGUUGAGAAUUUUUUAGAAGAGGACCACGAUUAUCAAGUCUUUUUACGUAGAUGAUGAGAACUGUAGCUACUGCCAUUUUUAGUGGAUUUGGUUGGAGUAUUGCAUCACAUAUAUAGAUAAUAUGGAAUUAAAGUCCAAAGUAGAAAAGGCUAAGGCUAAAAUAGGCAAUACAAUGUAAUUAGUUAAUUCUGUUAGUUUACAUUUUCAGUAUAAAUAUGAUGUAAUAGUAAACUUAGUUUAAUACUUUUUUCAUUUUACUCUUCAAUACAAUUUAGAAUUCCUUUC